GGAAGGUUAGCAACAAUGCCGUCGUUAUUGAAAGUGAAGACUGUCAAACAAAACUAUUUGAAAAGAAAAAACUGUACGCCACUGCAGAUUAUUAUGGACGAUUUGGCUGUACUUAAUACUGAAAUAUGUGUUGGAAAGUGUGAACCAAAUAUUAUAAUAAGUAAAAAAUUGUGUAAAGUCGUUAACAAUGAAAAUAAUUUAGAGGAAAGUGAAGUGUUAAAACUUGCAGAAAUCUUCCAAACCAACUCCAUAACAAGUUUAGAUUUAUCUAAUUGUCACUUGUUGGACUUUCCUUUUAGUUUUUGUUCUUUAGAUUAUAUCACUGAUUUAAAUAUUUCUGGAAAUAAACUUGAAAAGCUUCCCGAUGAAUUUGUUAAUAUAAAAAAAUUGAGAAUCUUGAAUGUUUCUUAUAAUUUCUUACAUGAGUUUCCCUCUGCAUUAUACAGCGGACUUCAUCUUAUUAAAUUUAUAAAUAUAUCUAAUAACAAAAUUACUUGUAUUCGAAAACCCCCUUGCUGCCUACCUAAACUUCAACAUCUCGAUCUCAGCUCGAAUUGUUUAUGUGAACCGCCUUCUUGGCUCUUAGAUGAUUUACCAAGUCAUUUAGAAUACCUUGAUUUAUCAAAUAAUUCUUGCUUUGAAGAUUAUUCUGAAAAUAAGAACACAUGUUCUGAAAAUAAGGUUGCUGGUAAGAUAAAAACACUGAAAUUAUCGAAUUGCAAGUUUCGAGAAGCUAUUUGCAGCUAUCUGCUUAAUUUUAAAAGUUUAAAUAUUUUAGAUUUUGGAAAUAUUGGUAUUAAGCCUCAAACUUCAAACUUUGUUUCUUAUCUAAAAUGUUCAUUACCUUCAUCCAUUGAAAAACUUGUGAUGGUUAAUAUUGGACUGGGUGGUGUUCCAAGCUCUGUUACUGAUUUAUCAAAUCUGAGGUACUUGGAUAUUUCUGAUAAUAUGAUUCAUUGGCUGCCAGCUUCAAUAAAAAAUGUAUGUUCAUUAACUGUACUGUACGCCAAGUCUUGCAACCUCUGUAUUAUACCUUGUGAAAUGAAUGAACUUGUGUCAUUAAAAGAGCUUUAUCUCAGUUCAAAUCAGUUAGCUUCUACUGAAGGAUUUGAACACUUAGUCAACCUUGAAGUUCUUGAUUUAUAUGCAAAUCAGUUUAUCUCUUUGCCUAACUUAAAUAAAUUUUCUAAACUUAAUAGUUUCGACAUAUGUCAAAAUUAUGUGGAGCCUCCAUCAAUUAUUGAAAUUAAUGAUCUCAAGUAUAAUUAUGCGGAUCUGAAAGCUAAUUUACGAUCAAAAAUUAAAAGCUGUAAUAGAAUAGAUGGGGAAAAAGAAUUUUCUACAGCUCCCGAAGAUGACCUUAGCGAUGAAUAUAUUGAUGAAACUUCUAUAGAAGAGGAGUUUGGUGAUGCAGAAUCAGAAGAUGCUUGUACACUGCAAAAUGAAACUAGCUUGGAUCAUAGUCAAGAUUGGUGGGACCAAGAUGAAAAUGAAUGUUUUGAUCCUAAUGCUUGGACUAAAGAAGUAGUACAAAUUACAAGAAAAGAAAGUUAUGAAAGUCUUUCAGGGGAAAUACCAUAUGAAGUGACAACCCAUCCUCAUUACUUUACUCCAUAUCAGUUAGUUACUCCUAUUACUGUUAGUAAAACUACUUUACCACCACCCGUUGAAGGGCAAUUUGAUGAUUGAAUUUUAUUAGUUUUUAAUUAUUUAUUAAUAUUGAUAUUACAAGUGCUGUGUUUGCUUUAAUUGUUAGUAAGAAUUUGAUUUGUGAUUGAUAUACCAUGAUAUCAUAAGUUAUUUGUAGAUUUUGAAAACAUAUAGGUAAAAUAUAUCUUAUCCAUAUCAAUUUUAUUGUAUCAUAACAUUUUUAUAUUUUGUUUUAUAACCAAUGAGUAUUUCUGUGUAUUAUUUAUAAUUUAAGAAUUAUUGUGAGUCCUAAAUCAAAUUUGAUAUUGAAUGAUGUCGAUAGUUUUUCAUCUCUUAUGAAAUUAUAUUUCACUGAAAUAGUCCUAAUAUAAAACUUUAAUUUUAAUAUAAAAGAUGUAAAAUAGAAGAAAUUCUAAUUAUAAAUAAGUGAGUUUCCUGCCAUUACUAAUUUGCUCAGGGUAAUAAAUAUAACUAUUUUAUUAUUUUAUAUGUUCUUAUUUAGAUACAUAUUAAAAUUUUGUUUAAUUUAUUAUAUUUUAUUGUGUUAAUAUUUGAUUUUAUUAUUUCAAUUUGAUAUUAUAUAUACAAAUAAAUAAAAUCAAUUGAAAAAUAUAAAGGUUGUAGUAUUGUCACAGACAGCUGUCAUGCAGCUAAUGAAUGCAUGCCAUUGGGAUGUGGAUCCUUUUGAAUUUCAGGGUUAUUCUAAACUAAUUAAAGUAGGUGUUCUGUAUUUUUUCAAAAUUUCAAGCUAUUCUGAGGCACUAAAAUUCCGAUCGGACAUUACACUGAUUG